CGUAUGGUAUUUAAUAUUUGAUAACAUUAGGCUUAUGAUGUGUUAGAUUUUAAGAAAUAUGGAAUCCGAGUUGGUUUGCAAUCAUAAAAAGUGCAGAAAGAGAGUAGAGGCCUAUGCAUGGAUAACUUCCUGUUCACACAUAUUCUGUGAUGAAGAUGGAGUUAGAGAGUUUAAGAACAACAAUGUUUGCCCAGCUUGUUCUACAGACUUGUCUGACAAACUCGACAUUAUCAGGAUUGAAGUAAACCCUUCUGAAAAAUACAAGUCGAUGGUACUGGCAGGAAAGCGACCAGAGAUAAUAAUGGAGAUAUGUACCAGAGCACUGUCAUUUUGGUCCUACCAGAUACAUCAAGAAAGAGUCUACCAAGAGUAUGUAGGAUCUAAAGCCAAAGAAAGGGCAGCACAGUUAGAGCAGUACUACGAACAAGUCAUUUCUCAGACUUCAGCAGAACUGAACUCGCUAAAAUUGCAGCUUACAGCAACCAAAAAAGAUUUAGAGAGUUUUAAGAAAAAGUACAAUGAUGUCAGUGAGAAGGUUGCAGAGAAACAUCGACAGUAUCAAAAAUUACAGUCAUUGUUUGAUGCCUUGAAAAGAAAGUGUAUAACACCAUCAACUUUCGAAGGUGGUGAUGCUGUAAGCAGUGGCAGAGCCUGGAAUCCUUUAGCUAACUUCACUAUGCCAAUCGGCUCAGAUCAAGGCAUUAGUACCAGUACUUCUAUAGGUAGCAUUUCAAACAGCAAAAGAAACUCUCCAGAAACUGGUCGUGAGGUGCCCUUUUCAUUCCGGAUAACAGAUACCCCCAUCUUCAAACAAAAUGGUAACAAUCCACAGAAUAAGAGAAGUAGGGAUCAGCAGAAACCAAACAGGAAUCCAUUAGAUCUAGACUUUCCUACUCACUGACUUUUUGUAUAUUGAUAACACCUGUCUGCAUGAAAUAGAAUGCAAAGUACUGAAUUUCCAAGAAAUAAAUCUUGUCUUGU